GAUUGGAACUGGGAUGAUCCGGUACCACCCCCCCCCCCCCCAGCCCACCAGGUGAUCUCGGAGGCACGGGGGCCGUGCUACCGGGUGCUGCGGGAGGGGCGCUGCGCGCUGCCCACCCUGCGCAACAUCACCCGCCAGAUCUGCUGCUGCAGCCGCGUGGGCAAGGCCUGGGGGCCGGCGUGCCAGCGCUGCCCCCCCUUCGGCUCCGAGGGGUUCAAGGAGAUCUGCCCCGCUGGCCCCGGCUACCACUACUCGGCCUCUGACCUGCGCUACAACACCCGCUACCUGGGCCAGGACCUGCCCCGUGUCCCCCUGGGACGUCCCCAUGUCCCCUCCCUGGCCGCGACCGCCGCCCCUCGCUGGCGCCCCGGUCGGCCUCCCUCAAGCAGGUUACCACCUGUCCCCAAGGUGCCACCUCGGGUCCCCGAGGUGCCACCGCGCAUCCCCGAGGUGCCACCACGCAUCCCCGAAGUGCCACCACGCAUCCCCGAGGUGCCACCACGCAUCCACGAAGUGCCACCACGCAUCCCUGAGGUGCCACCGCGCAUCCCCGAGGUGCCACCACGCAUCCCCGAGGUGCCACCGCGCAUCCACGAAGUGCCACCACGCAUCCCCGAGGUGCCACCACGCAUCCCUGAGGUGCCACCACAUGUCCCCAAGGUGCCAGAAGGGGUCCCUGAGGUGCCACAACGUGUCCCCAAGGUGCCUCAAAGCAUCCCAGAGAUGCCACCACACAUCCCUGAGGUGCCACAACGCAUCCCCGAGGUGCCACCACCGGCCCCUGAGGUUUUCAUCGUGCCUCGACCCACACUGGGGCUGCUGGGACCCCUCCCCACACCGCCCAGCCCGGAGGGUCCGGCACCAGCCACCGGCAGCGUGUGCGAGCGGAACCCACGGAUCUGCGGCCCUGGGCGCUGCAUCCCACGCCAGGGUGGCUACACCUGCCUCUGCCACCCUGGCUUCUGGCUCAGCACCCAGGGCACCCACUGCAUCGACGUGGACGAGUGCCGGCGCAGCCCCCGACCCUGUGCCCCCGGCCGCUGCGAGAAUACGGUGGGGGGCUUCCGCUGUGCCUGCGGCCCCGGCUACCGGCCUGGCCCUGGCGGCACCGACUGCCAAGACGUGGAUGAGUGCGCCCAGAGCCCCCCGCCCUGCACCCAGAGCCGCUGCGAGAACUUGCCCGGUGGCUACCGCUGCAUCUGCCCGGCUGGCUACCGGGCUGGCACGCCCACGGGACAGUGCCAGGACAUCGACGAGUGCGAGAACCACCUGGCCUGCCCCGGCCAGGAGUGUGUCAACACGCCGGGCUCCUUCCAGUGCCGGCCGUGUCGCGAUGGCUUCGAGCUGCGCCACGGGCGCUGCGCAGACGUGGAUGAGUGCGCCACGGGCUCACCCUGCGGUCCCCACGGCCGCUGCAGUAACACCGAGGGCUCCUUCCGCUGCCAGUGCCAGCGCGGAUACCGGGCAGGCGCCAGUGGCGCGCCAUGCAUGGAUGUCAACGAGUGCCUGGAGGGUGACUUCUGCUUCCCCCACGGCGAGUGCCUCAACACCGAGGGCUCCUACAGCUGCCUCUGCGCCCAGGGCUACGCCAGCACCCCCGAGGGCACUGCAUGCAUCGACGUGGACGAGUGUCAGCGUGGGGAUGUGUGCCGGGGCGGCCGCUGCGCCAACACCGAUGGCGCUUUCGAGUGCCACUGCCCCGCCGGCUUCCGCACCGACGCUGAGCGGGCUGAGUGCCACGACGUGGACGAGUGCCAGGAGCAUGGGGCCGAGCUGUGUGGGGCCGAGCGCUGCGAGAACCUGCCCGGCUCCUACCGCUGCGUGCCCGCCUGCCAGCCCGGCUACCGGCCCCGGGACGGCGGCGGCUGCGAGGGUACGGGGACAUGGGGACGGGGACAGGGACAGGUACGGGGACCAGAACAGGAUGGCAUGGGGACAGGGAUGG